CGUUGUAAAAAUAAAGAAAAUUGGAGCUAAUCUUUGUGUUUUGUAGACUUUUAUAGUUCCGUUUGGUCGCGACUUUAAUGUAUCCAUUUGCUUAAGUAUAUUAAAUACAUUCAGCUUUUUAUACGACGCCACAGUUAAUUUCUAAUGCGAGAGUUUUUACUGAAAACCCGAUUUCUUAGCAGUAUAUAUAAUUAUAUUUUAACAACGUACCUAUACAUUAUAAAAAUAUAAGAAAAUUGGAGCUAAUCUUUGUGUUUCAUUUGACUUUUAUAGUUCCGUUUGCUCGCGGCAUUCGAUCUCUAUUUUCUCGCGUUGUCAAAAAGAAGCGCGAAUGUACAAGCUCUCCGAGGCGGAUGCGCGCGAGGUAGGUAGAAUUCCUGAGGACACUCGGCAUUGAUCCCUGGACGCGCAAGCGCCGACCGCCUGUAUCUUCACCUACUUCCAUUCGCUCCCGGUCGUCGUAGAAUUCACGAAAGUCCGGAAACGUAACGCGGUCGUCUAUUUUCGUUUUAUCUGAAGAGGCGGCCGCCUCUCCCGCGACGCUGCUGGUCCCAGACCGAGGUAAGGAGACUCGCGAAACGACCGACUCGCACAUCUCGCGACCAGGGCAGAUACAUAUUCGGCGGCGUGGAGAAACUCGCCGUUAAGUGCGACAGCUCGCGAAGGACCCUUGGUAGAGUGUUAUUUUCGGUAACAAAACGCGAAACUGGUUCUACUGGCUUUAAUUAAGAUUAUCGUGAUGCCGAAGACACCAGGUAGACGAAAGGACGUUCGAUGUCGGCUCUUCUAGAUGUAUGCGGAAAUGAUACCGGUUCGCCUUCGAUAUCGAAGGCUGACGAUAAUCUGUCCAACAGUGACGGGCCCCUGAUUAAGGGCAUUAUUCGCCAAAAUAGUUGCGGCAGCAUGCAUGCGAGGACAAUCGCUUCUUCGUACGGCAUGUCGUCGACGGGCGAGAAAUCUACCAAGAGACGUUACUGUCUCUGGACAUUGACUCUGGUCCUGGCGAUAAUCGGCCUCUGCAAUCUUUUCCUAAACAUCACCGUCAUCGCUGUUUUGCGCAUAAGUCAGGGAAUGGAAGCUAUGGAAGUAAUCCCGGACGAAAAUCUUGUCAAAUUCUACGGAAGGACAGAUUUGGACAAGAUAUCCCUGCAGUCCGGCGUCUGCCAGAGUUACGGCGACGAGCCGAUGGAGAUAUCCGGUGACGAGGCUGGGGUGCGCGUCGACGUGAAGGGCCGCGGACGCGUGCACGAAGCGUAUCCGCGCUCGAAGCUAGGCGUCCUACCGAACGGUACCACCAUAUCGCAGGUGGAGACAUUCGAGGUGAAGGACCCGCGUACCGGCACGAUCUACUUCACCACAGACUUCCCGAAUUUUGGUCUGCCGAACGGCGUCCGAACGAUCGACGUGAGGAUCGCGGAGACCCAUCGGAUCACGUCGCCGGUCAACGAGAGCCUGGCAAUCAGCUCCAACAGCGAGGUCUCGCUGCACGGCGCGGAGGGCGUGCACAUGGAGAGCAAGGACAUCGUGUGGAGCGCCGAUCUCGACAUCUUCCUGAAGAGCGUGAACGGCAGCGUCGUGCUGGACGCCAAGGACGGCGUCUCCAUCGACAUGAAGGACAUCCCGGUGGCGCCCAUGUUCCUGCAGAGCCCGACCACGAGCGACGAGCAGUACAAGGUCUGCGUGUGCAUGCCGCAGGGCAAGCUCUUCAAGGUGCCGGUCCGGCCGGGCGCCAGUUCCCGUACGGUCAAUUGCGCGCGGGUCGCCAGAACCCCGGAGAACGAUCCUUGUCUGCACUAGGUUCCAAAUGAAGACUGACAUUUUCUACCGUACCACAUCUGCGUAUUACACACUUGAGUGACGUGCAUAUCACUGCCAAAUUGCAUACAAAAUAUAUAAACACCAUUUCGUAUGUGUACUACACGAUAUUAUGCGGCCUAUAACGUGCAUCGUCGGUAAACAAUACAUGCGGAGGAGUAUAUUCGAAA